AUGAUCCUGUGGUUGCUAUCGAUAUAUUUUGGGACGAUAAUUGGCGCCGUCUCGGCUACCGUAUUCCUCAUCGUUUUUGGCCAGGGAUGGGGUCGACUGCCCAAGAUGUAUCUCAAGAUUGUCGCCAAAAUACAGAGCUGUUUCCCCGACAUCUACCCGGAAAAUACGGCGCCGUGGCCGUCAAUUAUCGAAAAGAAUCCCGCCUACAAGCUGGAACGUCUGAAGGGCACCUCCACGGCCUGUUUCCGCCAUCUGAAGACAUCCGACGAGCCGUUCGAGCUGGCCAACGACUCGAUGAUGGCCGGGCUGGAGGCCAUUAUUCAGGAUGAAGUCUCGGGCGCCUACGAGCGAGCCCCUUCCCAAAAGGACACCCUCCUCCGCUUCACCCCCGUCAACAUUUGGAGCCCCGCGCAGCGGGCCCUAUUUUACGCCACGUUGAUGUUCAGGAUUUUCUUCCUGUUCCCGAUCCGUUUCUCCCUACUCAUCACGUCGUUCGCCUGGGUGUUGAUGGUCGUCGCCAUUUCUUUUGUCAAAAAGUACUCCGACUGUGAGCGCACCUCCAUCUCGAUCAUCUACUGUCGCUUGUACGGCGCUUCGAUGGGCUUUGUCGGCAAAUUCCACGAGCGCCAGAAUCGACCCCAGAAACCAGGAAUCGCCAUCUCAAAUCACAUGUCGCCGAAUGACGUGCAGAUGCUGUUCGCCGAUGUGCAGCACGGCGCCUCGUACGGCUUUGUCGUCACCGGGCAGCGACAUGGCGGAUUGAUUGGCGUUAUUCAGAAGCUGGCCGACCGUAUCUCGCCGUGCAUGUGGCUGGAACGCCGGAACGGUGAUGAGCGUCGCAGCUUCCAGUCGGAGGCCAUCAAAAUCGCCAGGGAAUCCGGCCCAGUCCUGCUGUUUCCGGAGGGCUACUGCUCGAACAACACGCUCGUCUUCCAGUUCCGGAAGGCCCUCUUCCAGGACGCCGUCAACAUCUACCCGAUGGCCAUUAAGCAAAACGGACAGUUUGGUGACGGGUUCUGGUCUGAAGAUGAGUUCUACGUGCACUUGUUCCGGUUGAUGAUCAGCUGGGCUGUGGUGUACGAGGUGACGUACUUACCAAAAAUGGUGAAGAGCCCCGAGGAGGAUCCGGCAAAUUUCGCUACACGGUGCCAGACGGCCAUUGCUGAGGCUGCCGGCAUUACGGCGUCGACGUUUGAUGGAGGGCUGUGGUAUAAGAAAGAAGAGCAGAAACGACUCCGUGAGCUGCAGCAAAAGACGUGCUCGGAUCGGUUCGACGAGGCGACGGCCUGUUUGGAGUCGGACUCCUCAUCCUCAUCCUCAUCUUCUAUUGGUUCGCCUCCUUCAGUAUCAUCGAGUGGAUAUGAGAGUCUCUCAGAGGCUCUGCAUCCUUCCGAUUUUGUCGACCGACAGCUGCUUGGCGAUCUGGACCAUGAUUGUCAAGUCUCCCCUCUACCCCGGAAGAAGUGCAGUCAAGAAAUCUCGAAUUUCCACUUCAUCCCUUCAAUUCCGGAGCAAUCCGCCCAA